AGAUACUGUACUAUUAUCCCUGAAAAAAGACAGGUUUCAAAGAUUUCAGGAUUGAAGAGGAUGUUAGAUGAGUGUGGAAGGGUGCUCUAAGUGACACACAAUCUCUGGCUAAAAAAAAAUAGAAGAAAAAUUUGACAGCAAUUUACAGUGCAGAAUAGGGUUUAUUACUGUUAGGAUGCUUUAGAGGAGGCUUUUAUAAUUAUUAACAGUUAAUAAUCGAAUUUUAAAUCCUCGUUUCGGCAGGAUUUUAAAUUAAAUUGAUUUAAUUUAUAAAUGAAUUCUAGAGACCCUCCUAGUAAAAUAUUGUUAUUGAUCAUAACUUACUUGCCUCAAUCCUUCCCACUAACUAAUGAUUUUUUGUUUGAGACCUUUAAGUAGUAUGGGGAAGUCAAGAAAAUAUUAAUUUUCGAAAGGGGAAAAACUAACAAAGCAUUUGUAGAGUACAACGAAGUUAAACAUGCUAUUUCAGCAAGACGUAAUAUGAUAGGAAAAUCGCUCACUCCUUAGGGAGGCAGGUAACACUUUCAGUUAUAUUUAUACCAGAUUAUUGAUUCAUUAUUCUCGCUUGAAAUAGUUAGACUUAGAAGUGGUUGAUCACACCAGAGGCACCGAGUAUUGCUCUGAUGACGAAGAAACACAACCAGAAUAGAAAUAUCCUUUGAAAUCCAUGACUCUACCAAAUCCAAUCCCAAUUUCUCCUCCCUUAAUCAAGCCUCAAUCCAUCGAAUAGAUAUCGAAUAAUGGAAAUCAAUUCAAAGGGGCCUAAAAUAUUGUCCAAGAAUCGCCCACAAAAGCCAUGUAUUUAUUUAAAUGUAUUUUAUAGAAUGGAAACUCAAUUACGACAAUUGGAGAGAAUACUAGAUGACGACUAUGAAUAAGAAGUAGCCAAAAUUUCAUUGACUCAAUUGGAUUCCAAUGAUUUUGCUAUCCAAGAAUUAUUAAAUCAAUAACCUUCUAAAUUUUUAAGGGUUUCCAAUCUGGACGAAAGAGUCACUCCUAGGAUGUUGUACAAUCUAUUUAACAGAUUUGGACAUCUGGAAGCCUUAAUAUUAAAAAAACAUAUUCGUUAAUCAAUUCUAUAAUUUGUAAACAAAGAGAAUGCUAUCAUAGCCAAAGAAUUACUCAAUAAUGUUGUCUUUUUUGGAAAUGAGGUUAGACAUCUAAAUUUAUUAUCUUAGUUAAGAAUACUUUUCUAGAAUGCUCAAAAUUCAACCUUGUAGACUAACAACCCCAAUGAGGAAUAUUAUUAAGGAAGUCAAACCAAAUUUAAAAUCGUUCCCUUGACUAGAGUACUCUCAUUUUCUGGCAUUCCCUAAUUAUUAGAAAUUCAAGACAUGGUUAAAUUAGUUGGAAAGAUUCAAGGUAACCCCAUUUCUCAUCAUUAGAAAUCAAACUUGACUCUUAAGCCAUCUAAAUAACUAUGGUUGACAUUUAAGAAGCUUUAAAAGUGAUCUCAGUCUUUUCGGAGUAUGAUUAUAAAGGAAAUAAAAUUAGUUUGAAUUUAAAAUGA